AUGGCCGAGGUGGAAGAGUUAACGAAGCUUUUGCAACAUGCUCUUAGUUCAGAAAACUCUAUAAGACUUCAAGCGGAAGAGGAAAUUGAUCGCCUUUCCUCCUGCGGGGGAUUUUUGCCACACCUGGCUCACUAUGCCUGUUUGAAUUUGGGGAGUAUUCCCCGAAGUCAUCGUCUCUUGGCUCUGAGUAUUUUAAAGCAAAAGUUCCGUGUUGUUGCAAUAGAAGAAUGUGUUGAUGUGAAUAACAUCCUUUUGAAUCUGCUCUCUGUGGAAGAGGAUCGCCCUGUAGCAAAUCUUUCUGCGGCUGUUAUAAGUCUAAUUAUAUUAAGAAUGGAAUCCAUGGGCAAAACAGAGCAGGUGCUGGUUUCAGAAUCUAUGCAUUUCUUCAUGAAGUCUCUGCACGAUUCAUUUGGUACGGUCGAUUCAGCUCGACUGGAAUUAAACGCUAUGCUACUGGUUUCCGAGCUGCUACACCAUCUUUAUCCUGACUCUUUCACUCGUAACGAGCUUUUGCAACUUGUACCAUGUUUUUUUCGACGUGCCAUUUCUGAUACUCCGAACGAGACCACUUGUAUGGCCGUCAAUGUAUUGAGAGAACUUAUUCUUCCUGUAGUAUCAAUACGAAAAUUUCAACUGCUUGGAUUCAUAAAGGAAACAUGGGAUAGUUUUUUCCCGGCCUUGGCAGCUGCUUUACUGACACCGAUCCUUCCAUUAUUUGAGGAAGAAUAUGCUAUUCGAAACCGACAGACAUUGGAGAUUAUGACACUCGUCGAUGGCAUGUUGCGUCUUGCCAAAUGGACAAGGCAAGGAAUUACAGCCAAUUUUUUUUGCGGUUUACUGACACGGAUUGAAGCGGAUAACGGUGUCUACUUGGAAGGCUUGGAAAGCAUGGAUAGUGGCGACGAUGCACGUCUUGUUAUCCAACAAAUUGUGGCGAAACGUUGGGAGUUGUUGGGAUUUAUGGCGCAGGUGAAGAGUCUGAGCAGUGUUGUAGCCAACGUCAUGGCCAACAGUCUAUCAUCGCUCCUGGGUCUCGUUUUGUCGCACACAACCUUAAGUGAUAUAGAGGCUGGGGAAUUGCUUAGUGAGGCAAAUGCCUUUCUUCGUCAGGAGGAAGAGCAUGAGGAGGAAGUGGUAUGGAAUGUUCGUGAUACGGCAGCAGAUUUUUGUAGGAUAUGUGUGUCGGUUCUUGGAGAGGGGGGACAUGUUCUGGGGUUUCUUCUUGCCUCUCUGAGUUCUACCGAAGGGUCAUGGAAGCGGAGGGAAAGCAUAUUAUUUGUACUGGAGGUUCUCUUGCGACGAUGCCCCAACGCGAUCCUUGCUGCAGGUGUGGAUUGUCUCUCUCAACUUCUGCAAAUACUAAUUAAAGACGAUGUACACGGUCCGGCGCUACUAUCAACUCGAGCUUUGUCAUUGCUGAGUAUAUUAUUGACUUUGAUGAAACGAGGCGGGGCAGAUGUGGAGCCCCUUUGUGCCUCGCUUCUUCCCAAGGCAGUAAUUUCCUUAUCAAGCCCUGCCCCCUUACUCUGUGCCGCAUCAUGCAGAUUUUUUCAUUACAUUCUUCCGUUGGCUGCAAAGGACGAUGUUGUAAACCUUUUUUCCACUGGACAGGACGCACUCUUUUCGCUGCUGGUAAAUGAAACCACUUCGGGCGAAUUGUUAUACAUAUGCCUUGAGAUCUACACGGAAUGGGUUUCUCAAUGUCAACGUAAGCGAAGAGGUGUUGCCUCUCCAGAAUCUUACAACAACCUGUUUCGUUGCUGGAGAAAUCAUAUUCAAGAUCCAAAUAUGGGAGAGUUGGUUGUAUCGCUUUUUGCCGAAUUGAUUACAGAUUCCGGCGGGGAUGAGUUUCUUACAGGUCACUUCUCCUGGUUAGCGGACGUCCUGAGCAGUCCGUGUGGUGUGGCAGAGUAUUGUGUUAUACCUUUCGUUGUCCAAAUACUGACGUGCAUUUUCGCGCAGGGAUCGGAUGAGGUUGCGGUGAAGGCGGCUGACGCCUUGCUUGGUUCCCUUUGUGGACUGUUACUUGCAACGGAGGAGUCUUCCAUCAUAUCCUCUGCCUCGGGUUGCCUUGCUGCUCUAUUGCGGCGAUGUCCACACGUGGGAGCAAUGACGGUUCUUGUGCCCAACUCUUUGAUGAAGAGGUCAUUCCCGGAUUUGGACGUGGGACAGUCAGCUGCUGGUGGUUGUGCUGGAAUGGCUGCCUUGCAAGGGGGGGAGCUCCAACCGUAUCCAUUUUCUUCCGUACUUGUCACGGUUGUUAUGGCCAUGCUGAGGGAAGAGGUAAGAGAAGCUUCAUUGAUGAAUUCUGGGAAGGUUUUGGUUGUCAUUGCUCAGAAUACGAGUGCAUUUCAAGAGGAUGAGAUUGAGCGGAUGAUUACAAUCAUUCUGCGUCGUCUGAUGACAGUUUGCACCGAUACGGUGACUCAGGAACUUGUGGCUCCUCUAGCUGUAUUAAUGAAACUUCAUUUGCAUGCGUUCAUGAAUGUUUUGUGGUCAUCCGGUCUUCUUCUUGACACCUUUUCCGUAUGGCUGCCAAAGAUGAGUCUCUUUAUUGGGAAAGAAGUUCUUUUUGCCUCUUGCGAUGCGUUGCUAGAUCUCUUGCUGCAGUGGCCCCUGGAUGAGAGACUCUGUGACCAACAAAUGACAUGGGUUGAGGGGAAGCGAAGGAAGGCCAACUUGCCACUGCAGGUGGCGGUUUUCGUUGCCGUUGGGAAAGGCGUGCUGAAUCUCGCCACGCAGGCCUCUCUGAGCAACGACGAGGACGAGGAAGGCGACGCGAUGGCGGAAGAAGCCGAGGAGGAGGAGGAGGAAGAAGAGGAAGAAGCGGAGGCGGGGGAAGGGGAGGAAGCAGGGGAAGGCGCGGUGGCAGGGAAGGUUUGCAGGGGCGAGGUGUCACGCGACUUGCGACACCUUCUACAAAAAGUGUCACCCUUGGUGCUGAGGUACGGGCCUGGCGCUGCCGGCUGUUUCUCGCGCUCGGAGCUAAAGGAGUUGUCGGAUCUGCUGAACGCCGUCAAGGCAUCGUCGUGA